CGGGCACAUUAACACAAAGUGCAUAAUUUCCCUGCAUUUACCGAUGAAAAUGGAUGCCGACAGUAGUGGAGCUGUGCACCGAGAUUCUUUUGGCUCCAGAUCGCAAUCCCGGCGCGAAAGGGAAAACUAUGAUCGACCAAGGGAGAGGAAUCAAAAAAGGGAGGAGCCUAAGGUUCCGUAUUUUGCAGAUGAGGCACGGGAAAAGGAUAGAGUGAGAAGGCUGCGACAAAGAUCUCCAAGAUCCACCAGACGUACCCGCUCCAGAUCCCACUCCUCUGAGCGGGGAAGCAGACACAGAAGGCAUCGCCACCGCUCAAGGAGUCGGAAUCACAGCCGGAGUCGCAGCAGCGAACGGAGACAUCGCCAAAGGACUCCUCAUCGGUACAACCCGCCGCCAAAGAUCAUAAACUACUAUGUCCAAGUGCCAGCUCAGGAAUUCUAUGGGACGUAUGGAGCAUAUGCCAUAAGGCCUCCACCAAGAUAUGGUUAUCAGCGACCGUCUCACCCUCUUCCUUUCCCAUCUGCCACUUACAGAUUCCGACAUCGCCCACCAUACAUGGGAGCUCCUCGAUUUAGCUACAGAAACGAGUGGCAACCACCACAUUAGACAUACACCAUUCGACAUAAUUACAAAUUUAUUUACAUUCGUGUGUUUUGUACAUUAAAAUAAUAAAUAUAUAUAUUUGAAACUAAAGGAGGAGAACAUAAAAUAUUGCAAACGGAGAAAGUUGAUUAAAUCAUGAGCAAAUGCAGCGAAGACGGUGGCAACAAAAGUCACACGAGUAAGGAGAGGAAAUUACUUAAUCCUAGGAGGGAUAACCAUAUAAUUACGACUUUAUACAUGCACAUUUACACAUACACACAUGGUUUUGGGAAACUAACACUAGCGACUCUCUCCUAAUUACGAUAUUUACGCUUUGUCAAUAAAUUAUAAAAAUAGA